AUGGCACCUUCUCCACAAGAAUUCAUCUUCCGAUCCCCACUCCCCGAUAUUCCCAUUCCCACGCACCUUCCACUACACUCUUACUGCUUCCAAAAUCUCUCCCAAUUCCAACACCGACCAUGCCUCAUCGACAGCGAAACCGGCGACAUCCUAACCUACGCGGAAGUCGACCUCGCCGCACGCCGCAUCGCCGCCGGCCUCCACAAGAUCGGCAUCCGCCAGGGUGACGUCAUCAUGCUCGUCCUCCGAAACUGCCCCCAGUUCGCACUAGCCUUCAUCGGCGCCUCCCACCGCGGGGCCGUCGUCACCACCGCCAACCCCUUCUACACGACGGCGGAGCUCACCAAGCAAGCUGUCGCCACCAAAACGAGGCUCGUUAUAACGCAAUCCGCGUUCGUCGACAAAAUCAAGAGCUUGGCGGACGACAACGAGGUGAUGAUCAUGUGCAUUGAUAAUUUUUCCUCGGAGAACGUUAACGACGGCGUUUUGCAUUUCUCCGCGCUAACUAACGCGGACGAAACGGAAGCCCCCGCCGUUAAGAUUAAUCCAGACGACGUUGUGGCGCUACCGUUUUCUUCCGGCACUUCGGGGUUCCCCAAGGGCGUUAUGCUAUCCCAUAAAAACUUGGUGACCACUGUAGCGCAGGUAGUUGACGGCGAAAACGCGCACCAAUACGCUGCCAGCGAGGAUGUGCUCCUCUGCGUGCUGCCUAUGUUUCAUAUCUAUGCGCUGAAUUCAAUUUUACUCUGCGGGAUUCGAUCCGGUGCGGCCAUUCUCAUUGUGCAGAAGUUCGAGAUGACGACGGUGUUGGAGCUGAUCGAGAAGUACAAGGUGACUGUUGCAUCGUUUGUGCCACCCAUCGUUUUGGCCUUGGUUAAGAGCGGAGAUGCCCAUCGAUACGACCUCUCGUCUAUUCGCGCUGUGGUCACUGGCGCCGCACCGUUGGGAAAGGAACUGCAAGAAGCCAUCAAAGCUAGGCUACCUCAUGCUGCUUUUGGACAGGGGUAUGGGAUGACGGAAGCAGGUCCACUUGCAAUUAGCAUGGCGUUUGCAAAAGAACCCUCGGAGACAAAACCUGGUGCAUGCGGAACCGUUGUCAGAAACGCUGAGAUGAAAAUCGUGGACACAGACACCGGACUUUCCCUCCCAAGAAACAAAACCGGUGAAAUUUGCAUAAGAGGCACAAAGGUUAUGAAAGGAUAUCUAAACGACCCAGAGGCUACAGAGAGAACUAUAGACAAAGAUGGAUGGCUACACACUGGAGAUAUUGGUUACAUCGAUGAUGAUGAUGAACUCUUCAUUGUUGAUAGGUUAAAGGAAUUGAUCAAAUACAAAGGGUUCCAAGUAGCUCCUGCUGAGCUCGAAGCACUGUUAAUUGCCCAUCCAAACAUCUCUGAUGCUGCCGUUGUACCCAUGAAAGAUGAAGCUGCCGGGGAAAUUCCUGUUGCAUUUGUCGUAAGAUCAAAUGGUUCCGAGAUCACUGAAGAUGAAAUCAAGCAAUACAUUUCACAACAGGUGGUAUUUUACAAGAGAAUAGGUAGGGUUUUCUUCGUAGACUCAAUUCCUAAAGCAGCCUCAGGCAAAAUUCUGCGCAAGGAAUUAACUGCAAGACUUAAUGAAGGUCUGGUGGUGACCAAUUAG